CACACUCAGUUUCCAUCGUUCCAUUUUAAACCGGAGCGCAGCUUGUACGGCUGAAAAAAUACUGUUCUCUCGUUGAAAGCGGGCGGCAAUUUCUACCAUCUGUCAAUUGCAGGCUCUGUGAGAUACCACAAUAUGUACAGAACGUCGAAGUUUGCCGUGGCCUCGCGGACUGUACCGCAAAUUCGCGACCGUCUGAGCAAGGGAUUUCCCGCGAAGUUUACAUCCAUCCAUUUUGUGCGUAAUUUCAGCUGUUCCCCGGCGUCGACGGGUGUCGACAAAUUAUACCCUCGACACGAUAACUUUAGCGAUAGGCACAUCGGGCCCAGUGCCGCACAGAGGAGCAAGAUGCUUGACAUUUUAGGCUUAAAGAGCACGGAUGAGCUCAUACGGAAAGUGGUCCCUGAAAAUAUACGCCUUGACCGAGAAUUGAACUUGGAGCCUCCCGUAUGUGAAAAUGAAGUUCUUACCAGGCUAUACGAAAUAACAUCACAAAACCAAACAUGGCGGAGUUACAUCGGAAUGGGGUACUACAACUGCAAUAUUCCAAGCACGAUUAAGAGGAACAUUCUAGAGAAUCCAGGCUGGUCAACACAGUAUACUCCAUAUCAACCUGAAGUUGCUCAAGGUAGGCUAGAAAGCUUGAUGAAUUACCAGACAAUGGUCGCUGACUUGACUGCCAUGGAUAUUGCAAACGCCUCUCUAUUGGAUGAAUCUACAGCUGCUGCUGAAGCUAUGGGACUGUGCUACAGACAAAACAAACGUUCCAGGUUUUACAUGGAUGCCAAGCUGCAUCCACAGACAAUUGCGGUGGUUGAGACUAGAGCAGAGUCUCUUGGUGUGGACAUCGUUAUUGCCAAUCAUAAAGAUAUGGAUUUCAGCAAGAAAGAUUUCUGUGGGGUGAUAUUUCAGUAUCCGGACACUGAGGGGAAUAUUGAAGAUUUCACUCGUCUCGUCGAUACAGCACAUGCUCAUGGGUCAUUGGCUGUCUGCGCAACUGAUCUCCUUGCACUGACCAUCUUGCGUCCACCUGGUGAGUUCGGGGUGGACAUUGCUCUCGGUAACAGUCAACGAUUUGGUGUUCCCCUCAACUAUGGCGGUCCUCAUGCUGGAUUCUUUGCUGUUAAGGACAGUUUGAAAAGAAUGAUUCCUGGACGAAUGGUUGGCUUAACACAGGACUCUGCCAAGAACAAGUGUUAUCGAUUGGCUUUACAAACAAGGGAACAACACAUAAGACGUGAUAAAGCUACAAGCAACAUAUGCACGGCACAGGCUCUUCUUGCAAACAUCUCGGCCAUGUUUGCUAUAUAUCAUGGUCCUAAAGGACUCAAAUAUCUAGCGACGAGAGUCCAUAACGGAACACACAUCAUAGCAGAAGGUUUAAAAAAGGCAGGGCAUACGAUUGAACAUGCCAUGUUUUUUGACACUAUCAAGGUGCAUUGUGGGACUGACAGACAGACAGUUCUUGACAGAGCCCAAGAAAAACAAAUUAAUCUAAGAACGUUUGAGGAUGGGACUUUCGGUAUUUCUUUAGACGAGACUGUGAAGGAAGAAGAUAUGGAUGACAUUUUGUGGGUAUUUGGUUCAGAUUCAACAUCGGCAAUGGUUGCUGAAAGUAUGGGAGAGUCUCCUCAAGGUAGUAUUUCUAACAGUGGAUUUAAAAGAAACUCGGAAUACCUCACACAUCCGGUGUUCAACAGUUAUCAUUCGGAGACCAAAAUUGUGAGAUACAUGAAGAUGUUGGAGAACAAGGAUGUUUCCUUGGUGCAUUCGAUGAUCCCAUUAGGCUCGUGUACAAUGAAGCUGAAUAGUACAACGGAAAUGGAACCUAUUACGUGGAAAGAGAUCGUCAAUAUUCAUCCAUUCGUGCCAAUUGACCAGGCUCGUGGAUAUCAGCAAAUGUUCGCUGAGUUAGAACGUGAUCUGUGCGAGAUAACCGGUUAUGAUAACAUCUCGUUUCAACCCAACAGUGGUGCACAAGGGGAGUAUGCAGGUCUUCGUGCUAUUAUGGCCUAUCUUGCAUCCAUAGAACAAAAACAUCGGAAGGUGUGUCUAAUUCCUAGAACUGCUCAUGGAACCAACCCCGCCAGUGCACAGAUGAGUGGUAUGAAAAUCUGCCCAGUGGAUUCUGACAAGCAAGGCAAUAUUGAUGUCAGACAUUUUGCCAAGUUGGUAGAGAAGCACAGGAAUGAUCUUGCGUGCGUUAUGCUGACGUAUCCAUCCACCAGCGGCGUGUUCGAAGAGGGUGUCCGGGAGAUGUGCGAGAUGAUUCACGAUGCUGGUGGUCAAGUCUAUCUCGAUGGUGCGAAUAUGAAUGCACAAGUGGGUCUCUGUCGACCGGGUGAUUACGGUUCUGAUGUCUUGCAUCUUAAUUUACAUAAAACAUUCUGUAUUCCUCACGGUGGUGGUGGACCAGGAAUGGGACCCAUAGGAGUAAAAAAACAUCUUGCGCCUUUCCUACCAGGUCAUCCUGUAGUGUCCCCGAGUGGAACAUCCGGUCCAGGAGCCACUCCAUUCGGCGUUGUCAGUGCGGCACCAUGGGGUUCCAGUGCAAUCUUGCCAAUUUCAUGGGCAUAUAUCAAGAUGAUGGGGGCUGUUGGAUUGAGGCACGCAACUACGGCUGCUAUUCUUAAUGCAAAUUACAUGAGCACCAGACUCUCAGACUAUUAUAAAACUGUAUUCAGAGGAAAGUAUGGUUUCUGUGCCCAUGAAUUUAUUCUUGAUUGUCGCGAAUUUAAAAAGUAUGGUGUUGAAGUUGCUGAUGUCGCCAAAAGGUUACAAGAUUUUGGCUUUCACGCACCAACCAUGUCGUGGCCUGUACCUGGCACACUGAUGAUUGAACCAACAGAGAGUGAAGACAAAGAGGAGCUUGACAGAUUUUGUGAUGCUCUUAUACAAAUCCGACUUGAAAUACGUGAUAUUGAGGAAGGUAGAAUAGAUGUAAGACAAAGCCCUCUGAAACAUGCUCCUCAUACCAUGAAUGUGGUGAUGAGUUCUACCUGGGAUAGACCGUACAGCAGAGAACAAGCCGCCUUUCCUGCACCAUUUGUAACAUCAAUCAACAAAGUCUGGCCGACGUGUGGUCGCAUUGACGACGUCUAUGGAGAUCAAAAUCUAAUCUGCAGCUGCCCACCCAUGGAGUCGUACAGCUCUCCGUACCUUGAAGAGUCGGUAUCCGAAGAAAGCAAAGAGAAGAUUGCUGCGUAGCUAGAAGAUGUGUACGAAGGAUGAUGUCAAUAAAACGUUUUAAUCCGCACACGUGUGAUAUGUGAACCUUCUCCCCCUUGCAGUACAACCAAUUAUUGGUGCAAUCCAAUUUGUUUUUUUAUUCUUUUAUACAAGGUGGGGCAAACCAUUUGAUAAAGGGGUGGAAGGCUGAAGUAUAAAAGUACAUUGCAUUUGGGUGGGAUUUUAAUACAAUUCACAGAGUGCCUGCAAAAGUGGUUGUUGUAGCAGCUAAAAUAGAACUAUUUUAAAAGUGAUUUUGUAGAUGGUAUAUAAUUUUCAAAACUGCUGGUUUCGGCAAAAGUUUGUUUUAAUCUUGUAUACAUGUGGAUAUGAAGGUGUACAUAAGGUAAUUUGUGAUAAAUUAUGCAAAGAUGUUUUUAAGAUAUGCACAUUUUUAUGAAAAUUCUUCUAUCAGAAUUAAGUGUUUUAAAGAUUGAUUUUUUGUUGUUGAAUGGAUGACAUUGACUUUGCUUGAACGCAGAUGGGUGUUUUUUAAAAUCCAUGUGUACAGUCAGUCCAAACAAUACUGUAAAAUGCUUCAUUUUUCCCUUUCAUUCUAUUUUAAGAAAUUAUGGGAAGACAUCCUGCUAGAAUCUUUGCUUCAUGAAUUUUACCCCCUCCCCAUUCUACUAAGAAAGUCUUUUGGGGUGUCUUAAACUUACCGUGCAAUAGCUCUUUAUUUCCUCAAUGUAAGGCAGCUGCAGUUUUUUGCGAAGAGUUUGGUUAUUUGCGGUCAAAGACUCAUUUUUUGUUCAGAAUAAAGACUAGCUUGAAGUAGAUAUUUAACUAAUCUUGUGUAUAUAGCCAACAUAUGCUUGGUUCUUAACUAACUUUAUACACUGGUUUUAAUUCUGGCUUAAUGUUCGUAUGAUGAAUUUUGCUUUGACUACUUUGGCUUUCUAUCGUAAAAGGUUUAGUAUGAAAAGGAUAAACAAAACUCAGUACUGAGAAAAGUCUUCCUUCUUUAAUAAUUAUUUAAUCAGGUAAUUUGUAUUCAUUGCGCCUUUUUUUUUCUAGAAAAAUAGUGUGACAUAGAGGGUGCUGGUCUCAUGGGGGUGGCCUGUUUUCUCAUGGUUGUCAGAUGUGAAUUGGUUGGUAUAAAAAAAAAAGCUCUUAAAAUAUUGUUGAUCUAUGAAAACAUGUGUAUUGUGCAGAGUUCCCAAAAUAAACAACUUUAAAGUAGACUUGUAUUGCCAUCGGUUACCAUGGAAAAAAUAUUGUUAACCUGUUUUUUUUAAUGACUAAUCGUGUAUGGUAAUUAUAUUAUAGUCAUUUAAAUAUUUAAUUAGUGGUGUGAAUUUCAUAUCAUGCAUUGUGUGAAUUACUUUAUAAGAAUUGACAUCGAAGGCAUACUAAUUAUAUUAUUGUACAACUUUUGGAUGAGAUAUUGAUGAAUUAGAUUGUUUAUAUAAUCAUGUGUGUGACCUGGCACAAUUUGUUUCUGGUCAUUGUGUACGUCUACAAAAUUAUCAUACAUCAACUCUUUUAUUUGUAUUGCGCCCUCUAUGGCAGAAACUACAGCAGUGUCUUAACAGGUAAAUUAUUAAUGCAAUUUCCAAUAGAUGUUUGUCAAUUAGGAUUUACAGUAAUUCCCGCAAAGAAAAAAUUACUUUUUAUUUUUGGGGGAAAAAAUGUCAUUACUAAUAAAUUGUUUCAAAAUAAUAUAUUCGAAAUAUGUAAAGUGUAACUAUUGUAAAAAAAAAAAUAAAUUACAGUAUUCAUUAUAAAAUAAUUUUAAAUUGUUUUGAAAAGCUCUGGUUAUCUUGCGAGUGGGUGGACUUUUUUUAACAUGUCUAUAUUUUUGGAGGAUGCAAGGAAUAAACUGGUGAAUUUUCAACAAA